CACACGCUCCGCAAAGCAGAGCCAGACCGUGCUCGUCUCGCCCUAUUGGUGGUCACCUAUCUGGGGUUCAAAGACCACACAAGUGUGAUAUGAGCAACAUUGUAUCCGAAGUUCAAAGUCCCGUUAUUUCACGCAGGGAACAUGGGUGACAAAAAGAUACUGUGUAUCGGGCUGGUAUGUCUGGAUAUUAUCAAUGUAGUGGACAAAUACCCGGAAGAGGACACUGACACCAGGUGUUUGUCUCAACGAUGGCAGCGUGGUGGGAACGCGUCCAACUCGUGCACUGUGCUGUCACUCCUUGGCGCUCCCUGUGCUUUCAUGGGGUCCCUAGCUCCUGGGCAUGUUGCAGAUGACUAUUCCCACAGCUUCGUACUAGAUGACUUUCAGAAGUACCAGAUUGACAUCUCUCUCCUAUCAGAACAUCCUCACAGCUCCUUCCCUACCUCUAUGAUCAUAAGCAAUGUGACCAGGGGCACUCGCACCAUCCUACACAUGAACAGCUUCAUCGUGGGCGAUUUCUCGCGCCGCGGGGUGGACAUUUCAUCCGUUGCCUGGCAGCGGGAGGGGGAGACCCCGUGUGCCUGUUGCGUGGUGUGUCCCCCCAGAGGCUCACGCACGGUCGUGCUCUCCGACACAAACCUGCCUGAUGUGUCAGCAGCAGACUUCUCUAAGGUAGAUCUCAGUCAGUACAAAUGGAUCCACUGGGAGGGCCGUAAUGCCGAGGAGCAGGUGAAGAUGAUCCAGCAGGUGGAGCUGUCUAACAACACGUUGCCACAGCAACACAGGAUCACCAUAUCUGUGGAGAUAGAGAAGACCAGGGAGCCUCUGUACCAGCUCUUCCACUAUGGUGAUGUGGUGUUUGUCAGUAAGGAUGUGGCCAUGCAUUUUGGCUUCCACUCCGCUGCCAGUGCUCUGAAGGGCCUCUACCACAGAGUGAAGAAAGGGGCUGUCCUCAUAUGUGCCUGGGCAGAGAAAGGGGCAGAUGCGAUGGGUCCUGAUGGCAUAGUGGUCCACUCCGAUGCCUUUCCACCGGAGGCCGUUGUGGACACGCUCGGAGCAGGCGACACUUUCAAUGCAUCAGUGAUCUACACCCUGUCAAAUGGAGGAGGAGUGCAGGAAGCUCUCACAUUCGGUUGCCAGGUGGCAGGCAGGAAGUGUGGUGUCCACGGAUAUGACGAAAUAGUGACAAAGACGGCGUGAAGAAUAACGUGCACUGUCGCUGGAGGGUUUUUGACAAAACAGUACACUUUUAUUUUCAACUCUACAAACACAAACUUGGCAGUAGGUAUAGGAAUGUUUUGUCACAAAACUCAACACUCAGCAAAACAGCACUAGAGGUAUUAUUAGUUUUAACAGACACAUUUCAAGGCAAAACCCCUGUGUUUUGGAGGUUAACGUAAUUAUUUAGCAGUUUUAUUCUCAUCUUUCCCUAUUUUUGUUUCCCUUCAACCAUUGUUAGCUGUUUGUUAUAAGCAAUGUCCAGAUUCUCCUGGCUAGCAUUGUUUUGAGAAUCUAGCAAUGCUAGCGGAAGUGGGUUGUAUCAGUUAGCCACACAUUCAAAGGCACAGGGCCUAAAACCUAACUUAUGGUGACUUUAACCAUAUGAAUUUAACAAAAUGUUCUUGCAAUUAAACAGAAUAAAUAUAACAUUUGUCGUUAUCUGGCAUCAAA